CGUUAUUCUGCAUUAAUUUUGAAGACUUAAGUCUAUUCUGCUUCUGGCUCUAUGUUCCCACCGAUCUUCAAAAGUGAGCUGCACCACAGUGGUAAAAAUAAACAAACAAAACCUCCACUUCACAGCUGCUGAAUAACAUUGGCUCUGGAGGCACUGAGUGGCUCAGCUGGCAGAGCAGAUGAACGAUGUGUUGAGGUUGUUGCCUAUGAUGCAGUUGUCCUGGACUUGAUUCCUGGUCUAAGGCCAUCUGCUGUCUCCGUCUCUUCUCUCUCAGCCCUCUUUCUUGUCAGAUUGCUGUUUGCUAAAGACUUCUAGUACCAAAAAAAUAAACUGGUUCUGAUCUGGUAAAUGUCACUACACAUUUCAGAAUGAUGGUGUUCAUCAGAAUACUUCAUGUGUUUUGUUGACUCAUGCAUUUCCAUGGUUGAACCACAUCCUUUGAGAAACGCACAUAAAGGAGAGGGGUGAGCAUCGUGAGGGUCGCAUUCAUCCCCAGAUCAAAGUCUGAGAAAAAAGGAAAUGUUCUCUCCGAUGGCUUGUACUGCUUUCAUCCUCAGUGCACUUUUCCUUAUUAUGAACUCAUGUCGUGGUACUGUCAUCAUCAAUGGGGAUGAAGUUGAGCCUCACUCAUUGCCCUUCAUGGCUUUUCUGGAGUCAAGUGGAUUCUGCGGAGGAACAUUGAUUGAUCGAAAAUGGGUCCUGACUGCUGCACACUGUGGAAACAUUAAGACUGUGUUACUUGGGAUGCACUCCAUCGAAAAAAAGAAAAAAGAAAAGAAAUACCGGCAGGUCCGGAAGGUGAAGACAAGAGUUCCUCAUUGUGACUUUGAUAAGAAUAAGAAAGUCAAUGAUCUCAUGUUGCUCAAGCUGGACAAAGCAGUGAAGGAAACCAGAUGGGUCAAAGUUCAACAACUGAGCAAUGUUGUCAAAGAGCCAGCAGCUGGCUCUGUCUGUCUGGUGGCUGGAUGGGGAGCAACCAGCAAAAACAGCAAAGUUCUAUCAGAUGUCCUGAUGUCUGCUAAUGUCACUGUGAUUGAAAGAGAAAAAUGCAACUCUCCAGAUCAUUAUAACCAUAAACCGUAUAUUACCAAGGACAUGAUAUGUGCGGGGCCAAAUGGGAAGAAAAGUGAUGCCGACACCUGUAUGGGCGAUUCUGGAGGACCAAUAUUCUGCAAUGGUGUUCUAGUUGGAGUCACAUCUUUCGGGGGAUCCAAGGAUGAGCUCUGUGGAUCAGUGAAGAGGCCUGGAGUUUACGCUUUCCUAUCAGAAAACCAUCUUAACUGGAUCAAGAAGACAUUGAAGACCUUUGAAUUUGCUCCCACGUCUGCACUCACCUACACUCUGAUGUGCAUGAUCUUAAAAACCCACAUCAUGCUGACUAACUUGGUUCUGAUCAGUACUGAGGAAAUGUUGUUUCUGAGGGGUUUCGUUGCUUUCAUCUCCUGUGUCUUCUUCUUUUCUUUCAACUCAAGUUAUGGUUCUGAGAUUAUUGAUGGGAAUGAAGUGAAGCCCCACUCGCUGCCCUUCAUGGCUCUGCUGGAGUCAAAAGUACCGAUCUGUGGAGGAAUAUUAAUUGAGCCCAACUGGAUCCUGACAGCAGCACACUGCAAAGAUGUUAAGACUGUACUGCUGGGGGUGCACUCUAUCAAGGAAAAGGAAAAGGAAAAACAAUACAGGCAGGUCCGAAGUGUGUCAAAACACAUCAUCCAUCCCUGCUAUGAUGAGGCUGAAAAACUCAAUGACCUCAUGUUGAUCAAGAUCAACAAGCCAGCGAAAAAAACCAAAUGGGUUCAAAGUCUUAAGCUGCAAACUGCUAUAAAAGAGCCAGCAACCGAUUCCGUCUGCAUGGUGGCUGGAUGGGGAAAAACAAACAACGUCGGCAAAAUGUCUGAUGUCCUGAUGUCUGUCAAUGUGACAGUAAUCGACAGAGAGAAGUGCAACUCUCCAGAAUAUUACAACCUUAAGCCGUAUAUUAACAAGAACAUGCUUUGUGCCGGGUCAGAUGGUCAAAACAAUGCCGACACCUGUCAGGGGGAUUCAGGAGGACCAAUACUGUGCAAAAAAGUUCUAGUUGGAGUCACAUCAUUUGGGAAGCUUUGUGGCUUGAAAAAGAAACCCGGCGUUUACUCUUUCCUGUCAGAAAGGAAUCUUAACUGGAUCAAGAAGGCAAUGAAGACAUCAGAAACUGAAUAACUCACAUCUAUAUUGUACUGUUAAAUUCUCACAAUUCCUUUUCUGUCUUCUGUAUAUAUUUAUUUAUUUGGGUUUUACUUUAAAAAUUUUUUUAUACAAAUAGAAACCCUAUCUGGUCCUGACUCAUUGCAGUAAAUAAAACUUUAAAGAAGAAGAAGUUCUUGUUGGCAAAUUAAAAUAAAUGGGCAAAAGUAUAAUAUAGACACCUUCCUCUCCUCCCUCAGUCUCCUUCUAGAAACAGGAAAAGCACUGAAAGGUAAAAACAAAAAAAAUUAUCAUUUUAUAAAGCUCUUCAGAUGUCUCACCGCAUCAAGAACCCAAAGACAACUAUAAACAUUUUACUUCAGACUCAUAUGGAAAAUAUACAAUCAGUUUUUCUUUGAAUACAUUUGUCAUUCACAUUUGUUGACUUCAGUGUUGGGGGGAAAAAUACAAAACACACAAGGAACACGAGUAAACUCCGGUCAGAAACGUUUCAGUUCCAUCAAACUUAAAGAACAGAACUUCAAAUAUGAAACUGUUUUAAACUAUUAACAGCUCAACCUACUUUACUCUUCUUUUAAGCAUAAUGAGCAGGUCCUAUAUGACUUACACUGUCAGGAAGCAAUCUAGAUAUAAAAGGGAAAUAUUUUUUCUAUCUGGUAUGAAACGUAUGUGCUGGGUUAUCUCAUUAAAUAAUAAGAUUAAAGUUUUCACCUUUUCAUACCUCUCUCGCUGUGGGGAUGUA